CAGCCUGGCUGAAUGGGCCCCACAGGUGCCUUUUCCAGGUAUGGAGGAGGGCCGAGUGCCAUGAAGCAAGUGCAGGCUGUCACUCUCUGUUGGGUGCUACUGUUGGUGUCCAGGCUGGGGGCCAGGGAUGGCUUCCCAGAAGAGGCCUCCUUCUACUACGGAACCUUCCCACCUGGUUUCUCCUGGGGUGUGGGCAGUUCUGCCUACCAGACUGAGGGGGCCUGGGACCAGGACGGGAAAGGGCCCAGCAUCUGGGACGCCUUCACACACAGCGGGAAGGGGAAGGUGCUCGGGGAUGAGACUGCAGACACAGCCUGUGAUGGCUACUACAAGGUCCAGGAGGACAUCGCUCUGCUGAGGGAGAUGAACGUCAGCCACUACCGAUUCUCCCUGUCUUGGCCCCGGCUCCUGCCCACAGGCAUCCGAGCUGAGCAGGUGAACAAAAAGGGAAUCAGAUUCUACAGUGAUUUAAUUGAUGCCCUUCUGAAGAGCAACAUCACCCCCAUUGUGACCUUGUACCACUGGGAUCUGCCGCAGCUGCUCCAGGUCAAAUAUGGCGGGUGGCAGAACGCGAGCAUGACCAGCUACUUCAGUGACUAUGCUGAUCUGUGCUUUGAGGCUUUUGGGGACCGGGUGAAGCACUGGAUCACUUUCAGUGAUCCUCGGGCAAUGGUGGAAAAAGGCUAUGAGACUGGCCGCCAUGCACCAGGCCUGAAGCUGCACGGCACUGGCAUGUACAAGGCRGCACACCACAUCAUUAAGGCCCAUGCCCAAGCCUGGCAUUCUUACAGGAAGAAGUGGCGCAACAAGCAGCAAGGUCUGGUGGGGAUUUCACUGAACUGUGACUGGGGGGAACCUGUGGACAUCAAUAACCCCAGGGAUGUAGAGGCUGCUGAGAGAUACCUACAAUUCUGCCUGGGCUGGUUUGCCAACCCCAUUUAUGCUGGUGACUAUCCCGAAGUCAUGAAAGACCAUAUUGGAAGAAAGAGUGAASAGCAAGGCCUGGAUAUGUCCAGAUUACCAGAGUUCUCCCUCCAGGAGAAGAGCUACAUUAAAGGCACAUCUGAUUUCCUGGGAUUAGGUCAUUUUACAACAAGAUACAUCACUGAAAGGAACUACCCCUCCCRCCAGGGGCCCAGCUACCAGAAUGACCGUGACUUAAUAGAACUUAUUGAUCCAAACUGGCCAGAUCUUGGAUCUAACUGGCUCUAUUCAGUGCCAUGGGGAUUUAGGAGGCUCCUUAACUUUGCUCAGACUCAAUAUGGYGAUCCUCCCAUAUAUGUGACAGAAAAUGGAGCAUCUCAAAAAGAACACUGUACACAAUUAUGUGAUGAGUGGAGAAUWCAGUACCUUAAAGGAUACAUAAAUGAAAUGCUAAAAGCUAUAAAAGAUGGUGCUAAUAUAAAAGGGUAUACUUCCUGGUCUCUGUUGGAUAAGUUUGAAUGGGAAAAAGGAUACACAGAUAGAUAUGGAUUCUACUAUGUUGAAUUUAAUGUCAGAAAUAAGCCUCGCUAUCCUAAGGCUUCAGUUCAAUAUUACAAGAAGAUUAUCACUGCCAAUGGGUUUCCCAAUCCAAGAGAGGUAAGACUAACUGUUUCUUCUGGAUUUAGACAAGCUAAGCACUGGGGUGCAGUUUGGCAAGCACUUCCCCUCUUUUUUCCAAAGAGGACAGAGGUAUGCAGCGUGGCUCUGUCUUUCCUUCCCCUCACCACCUCUUUGCUCCUUUGCUUAGAAUAGAGGAAGCAUGCCUCAAAAUUUAACUCACAACAAAGCAUUAAGGACAUGACUAGAGGUAUGCAUGAGUUCCAUGUGCUCUAGGUUAUAACAGGUAAAGUCAAUGGAGACUUCUGGUUAAAUGUUGUCUUAAUGCU